CGGCAGCACAUCUUUCUUCAUCUUUUCUUAUUAUCGCUGUAGAACUUUCCGAGUUCUUCGUUAAAGCUCAGCUUGAGAAAGGGGGAAAAAAGAAACUAUGGCUUCGAUCAGCGGAAUUCGAUCGUGCGCUAGGGUUUUGGUGUCCUCUGCUUCGAUUUCUAAACCAGCAACCAGAGAGCUUCAUGCAACUGCAGCGAAGCAAAUGGGAGGUCACGGCCAUUCUUCGGAUCCCUAUUAUCUCCAUGCAAAGCAUAUGUACAAUUUAGACCGGAUGAAGUAUCAGAAACUGACCAUGUCUCUCUCGGUUCUAGCUGUAUUUAGCAUUGGCGUUGCAGUUCCAGUCUAUGCCGUGAUCUUUCAGCAGAAGAAGACUGCUUCAGGGUGAUAAUCUUUCAAGUGCUUCGGAAUUUUGGAGUCUCUUGUUUUCGAUGUGAUUUUAGUUUUUACUGAAUGUUAUUCAGUGUGUCGUUGUAAACUUUAUUGACCUUCUGUGGAUCACUGAUAGGUCAAUUUGCUUUCCUCUUUGUUCAAAUUUGGGACGCAAGUGUAUUGCAAGAAUGUUUGGGAGCAUAAUUUCCUACGACGAUGUUUUAAUAUCUGGAGAAUGACGUGGUACUUAAUUGUUUGACUCUUCAA